GGCACAGGUGUGAGCCCAGAGAGGCCAUCCUGUCAGAGGCUGAGAGCGGCGUCCAGCUGAGAGGCUCCAAGUGCACCGCGGAUGCAUUGGAGGGCAGCCUGCGGGGGCUCUCGGGACAGCGGACCCCGUCCGCACCGCAGCGCUCCUAGCCGGGCCAAGGCCAUUCGCCCCGCCGAGGCCCCUCCCAGGCCUGCUCAGACUCCUCCAGGCUUGCUCGCCCUGAUUCACUCCGCCCUGCACAAGCGCCAGCUGCAGGUCCAGCCAUAGACAACUAGAGCAGCUGGAAGGGAAGCACUCAGUCCUGGCCAAGGAGCUGGUGGAGGUGAGGGAGGUGCUGAGCCACGCCACACUGCAACGGGAUAUGCUGCAGGCUGAGAAGGACGAGGUGUCCGAGGCGCUGACCAAGGCUGAGGCUGGCCGCAUGGAGCUCGAGCCCUCCAUGACCAAGCUGAGGGCAGAGGAGGCCUCCCUGCGGGACUCCCUGUCCAAGCUGAGCGCCCUCAACGAGAGCCUUGCUCAGGACAAGUUGGAUCUGAACCGCCUUGUCGCCCAGCUGGAGGAAGAAAAGGCCACCCUGCAGGGCCGGCAGUGGCAGGUGGAGCAGGAGGCCACAGUGGUGUAGGAAGAGCAGGAGCAGCUGGAGGAGCUCCAUCUCAAAUCAUCAUCAUCAUCAUCAUCAUCAGGCCCAGAGAGGGCAAGCCACUUCUUCAAGAGGACCCAAACUAGAUGCCAGGCAGGCCCUCUGCCUCUGGGAUUUUGCCCAUGUGGUUCACCAGGCCUAAGUCUGCUGGCCCAAGGAAAAGUUUCAACCCAACCCUGCCCUUUCCCCCAUUCCUCUCAUGCAGGGGAGUUGGUGGGCCUGCGGCAGCAAAUAAUAACUACACAGGAGAAAGCCAGUCUAGACAAGGAGCUGAUGGCCCAGAAGCUGGUGCAGGCUGAGAGGGCCCAGGCCUCUCUGCGGGAGCAGCAGGCAGCCCACGAGGAGGACUUGCAGUGACUCCAGAGUGAAAAGGAGGCAGCAUGGCAGGAGCUGGAGGCCAAGCGGGCUCAGCUGCAGAGUGAGCUGCAGUGUGAGCAGGAGGAGCUGCUGUCCGUCCGGCUGGAGGCUGAGAAGGAAGAGCUGAGUGAGGAGAUUGCUGCCCUGCCGCAGGAGCACGAUGAGGGCCUCCUCCUGGCCAACAGCAAGAAGCAGCAGGCCUUGUCUCUGAAGGAGUCUGAGAAGACGGCGCUGUCAGAGAAGUUGAUGGGUACACGGCACAGCCUGGCCACCAUCUCCCUGGAGAUGGAGAGGCAGAAACGAGAUGCCCAGAGCCGGCAGGAGCAGGACCAGAGCACCGUGAAUUCUCUGACAUCCGAGAUGUGGGACCUAAGGGCCCAGCUGGAGGAGGCUGCUGCGGCCCACACCCAGGAGGUGAGGAGGCUGCAAGAGCAGGUCUGAGACCUGGGCAAGCAGCGGGACUCCUCUCUUUGUGAGGAAGAAGAGCUUUGGACCCAGCUGCGUCUCCUGGAGGAUGCCCAUGACGGGCUGCGGCGGGAGCUGCUGGAGGCCCAGUGCAAGCUGCCUGAGAGCCAGGAGGGCCGGGAGGUGCAGCACCAGGAGGCAGGCGAGCUGCGGCACAGCCUGGGCGAUGGCACCAAGGAGCCCAAGGCCCUGCAGUGCUCCAACGAGGAGCUUUGGGCCGCUGUGAAGAAGGCAGAGAGCGAGCGCAUCAGCCUGAAGCUUGCCAAUGAGAACAAGGAGCAGAAGCUGGUACUCCUAGAGGAGGCACGGACAGCUGUGGGCAAGGAGGCCGGGGAGCUGCGAACUGGGCUGGAGGAGGUGGAGCACUCAUGGCUGGAGGCUCGGCGGGAGCUGCAGGAGCUCCGGCAUCAGAUGAAGAUGCUGGACAGUGAGAACACCAGACUGGGCCAGGAGCUGGCGGAGCUGCAGGGCCACCUGGCGCUGGGUGAGCAGGCAGAGAAGGAGAGCAGGUGGGAGACCCUGGGCCUCCAGCAGGUGCUGAUGAAGGGUGAGGCCAGCCUGGAGGUGAUGUGGCAGGAGGUGACUGAGCAGGCGGGUGGGCUGGUGCCUCUUUCCUCCCCCCAGCAGGAAGCAGGUGGGCACCCCAAUGCUGGGACCAUUCUGAAAGGCCACUCCCUAGGUUUCGGUGUCCCUCCGCUGCUAAGGCAGGAUGUUCAUGGCAGGACCCGUGUCCUGCAGUUCCAGUGCCAGCCUCCAGGAAGUGGGGAAGGGCUCAGCACCUUAGAAUGCAGCCCUGGGUCUAAGCCACCAUCUCCAGGACCUGCCACCUCCCCGGCUCGUCCAGAGCUGGACCCGGAGGCAGUUCCUGGGGCCCUCCGGGAAUUCCUGCAGGAGCUAGGGAGUGCCCAGAGAGAACGGGAUGAACUUCGGACCCAGACCAGUGCCCUGAAUCGCCAGCUGGCCAAGAUGGAGGCUGAGAGGGACAGCGCAACCUCGAGGGUCAGGCAGCUGCAGAAGGCAGUGGCUGAGAGUGAGGAAGCCGGGUGCAGUGUGGAUGGGCGGCUGAGCGGGGUCAAGGCAGAGCUGGCGCUGCAGGAGGAGAUUGUGCGGCACAGUGAUCGGGGGCACCGGGCCACACUGGACCAGGUGGCCACACUGGAGAGGAGCCUGCAGGCCACCGAGAGCGAGCUCCAGGCCAGCCAGGAGAAGAUCAGCAAGAUGAAGGCCAGUGAAACAAAGCUGGAGGGCGACAAGCGGCGCCUGAAGGAACUCCCGGACGCCUCCGAGAGCCGCACCGUCAAGCUGGAGCUGCAGCGGCGCUCGCUUGUGGGGGAGCUGCAGAGCAGCCACCUGGGCCUGAGUGGCCUCGAGGCCCAAGCCCAGGCCCUCCAGGAUCCGGUGGAUUCCCUGCAGAGACAGGUGGCCGACAGCGAGGUGAAGGCAGGGACCCUGCAGCUGACUGUGGAGUGGCUGAAUGGGGCUCUGGCCAAGGUGGAGGAAAGCAAGGGGGCCCUGUGGGACAAGGUGUGGGGCCUCACAGAGGCCCUGGCCCAGAGCAGUGCCAGCCUCAACAGCACUCAGGACAAAAACCUGCAUCUACAGAAGGCUCUGACCGCCUGUGAACAUGACCACCAAGUACUCCCAGGCCGUGUCCCCCAGGAAUGGCUGGAUGCUGCCCGGCAGGCAUUAUCUGAGGCAUGGAAGCAGAGCAGCUCCCUGGGCGAGCAGGUGCAGAAGUUGCAAGGAGAGGUGGCUGACCUGCAGCUGCAGCGGAUGGAGGCAGAGGGCCAGCUACAACAGCUACAGGAGGUGCUGGGGCAGCGGCAGGAGGGUGAGGCUGCAGCCCUGCACACGGUCCAGAAGCUGCAGGACUAGCGGCGGCUGCUGCAGGAGCGCCUGGGCAGCCUGCAGCGUGCCCUGGCUCAGCUGGAAGCCAAGAAGCGGGAGGUGGAGUGCUCAGCCCUGCGGCUGGAGAAGGACCGUGUAGCCCUCAGGAGGACGCUGGGCAAGGUAGAGCAGGAGAAGCUUCGUAGCCGUGAGGACACAGUGCUGCUGAGCGCAGAGAAGGGCCACCUGGACCGCACCCUCACGGGGGCUGAGCUGGAGCUGGCAGAGGUGCAGAGGCAGAUCCAGCAGCUGGAGGCACAGGUGGUGGUGCUGGAGCGGAGCCAUAGCCAAGCCCAGCUGGAGGUGGAUGCGCAGCAGCAGCAGCUGGAGCUGCAGCAGGAGGUGGAGCGGUUGUGCAGUGCCCAGGCACAGACUGAGUGCACUUUGGAGCUUUGGGAGCAGGCACACCGCCAGAGGGUGCAUGGGCUGGAGGAGCAGGUGUGCAGGCCCCCUUGGAAGGCUGGGCCAGGAUGGAUGUGUGGGGCUGGAGGAAGAGGAGAGACCCAGGCAAGACCUCGUGGGUGUAGGCAGUUGAUGGCUCCGAUAACCAAAAAGGGUGGGGUUGGCUCUGCGCUGGUGUCAGCCAAGACCAGACCAGGAGUCACGGGAUGCUCCUGGGCCCCAGGCCUUCCUGCCAUGGCCCUGCUCCCCCUGGCUCCAUGCUCAGGGGCAGCCACACCAGGCCCCACACACAGACACACAGAUGCACAAAACAUGCCAUAA